CUCUUCUUGGCGGGAGAUUUAGUUUUCUUUCUGCGUGUUAAGCUGCAGUCAGAUGUUAUGGGAAAAUGUGGAACUACAAUUCAAAGUUGGUUUUUAGCAAUAGAGAAAGGCGAUUUAUCUUUGGUUCAAAAGCUAUGGAAGGAUAUAAAUGAUAUCGAUGUUACAGACAAUUACAUUCUAAAUAACAUAAAGCAUGAAAAUGUAACUGGACUCAUUGUUGGUGCCUAUUACGGCCACAAAGACAUAGUUAGAUGGCUUUUAAAAAAUAAAGCAAAUGCUAACUGGGAAACGAAUCUUAAGUGGCGCCCAAUUCAUUUUGCUGCUAAACGUGGUCAUUGUGCCACUGUGGACAUGCUUUGUUCUAGCGGAGCAGCCGUCGACCCUGUUACAAUGAAUAAUGAAACACCACUUUCAUUGGCUAUACAAUCCCAUAUGCGGGAUACUGUACGCAAACUUGUACACUUGGGAGCAAAAACAAGUAAAAGUAACGAGGGUAUCAUUUACCAUUACGUAUGCCCCGGGAUGUUAGUAUCUGACAAUUCGGCACCAGGACCACGUGAUUCUAUCGAUUCCUUUCGUGACAAGAACUCGCAGCUGCAAAAUCAGAAUGCACGAACUAACUCAUCCAUUUUGCCUGUUAUUUCUACGUCAUGCUUAGAUGAUGAUCUCAAAAAAUUUUCAGUAGCAAUUUUUGAUAGUCAGAUAAUCAUGAACCAGCUUCAAUGCCAAUCAACAAGUUACGACCUGGAACUUGCUAGACGAAAGAGAGAACUUAUCAGGCGCUUACCACUUUUACCAUGUAUAUCAUUACAAUCAGCAAAUCAGUUCCUUCAACUGAUUCAACGUGCUUCACGAGCGGAUUUACCAUUAGAUAGUCGUUUGUUGGCUGUUUCCAAUUUGUUCGAUUUACUUUUAGUCUCGCCUGUCAAUGAUGUGCAUAACGACCUUUCAAACAAAACACCUAAUAGUGCGUUUAAUGAGCCUUACUUGCGUCUCAUUGAGGCAUGUCUGUGUGAAACUCAUUGUCCUUUAGAAUUAACUGUUCAGUUAAGUAGACUAGCUGUUCAUAUGGCGAGUUUGGGGAUAAACAAACCAAUCGAUGUUAAUGGUUCUGUUGCUAGUGAUGAUUUAACACCUAAAUCUAGCACACCAUCAAGUCACGUUAUUUCGUAUAUACUGAAGCUACUCAGAAAACUAGUCCUCAAAGGUAAUCCACAGUAUAGAUCAGGGAUUCUUGCCCAUCUGUCACGCAUUUUAUCAGAUUUGUACGCGCCGGCGAGUGAUGGAAAAGAAUAUAAUAUCAGUAAUUUAUGCUCCUGGAAUGAUUUAAUACCUUACAGUUCAAGUGUAAUGUCGAGUCUCAUACGCUUAGGGGAAUCCUUGGACCAGCCGUUGAAUGUACCUCGUUUUGCUCAACUUGUUGGCCUUAUCGCUCGCUGCCUAAUCAGUGUUUUUUCAAGAUCUAGCUCAAGUUCUUUCUCUGCCCGUUUUUCUGAUUUGGCAGAUAUCCUCGUAGGUUGGAGUGUGGAUUCGUCCGGAACUUCAAAAGAUGUGAACAUUAAUACUAUCUAUGAAGAACUUUACUUUGGUCUUUCACACUGGUUUCUCAUGUCUACAGAAGAAAAAGUAGAUGAAUGUAAACAAACAUCAUUGUCUCCGAUUAUUAACGAAAACAUUCGGGAAAUGAUCGCUCAUUUGUUAGAGGACAGCGAAAACUCGCUUAAUACUGCCAUCUCCGAAUGUGCUAUCGUGAAUUGCAAACGUGGCACUCCAAUAUCAGGAAGUGUGAAACAAGCAUCAGACCCGAACUCUCACUUUGUAUCGGUUCAACUUUAUCUCAACGUUUUAUGUAGUAUAUUUGGAGGUAUCUGCAAACAUGCAUUUGAGUCUACUCAACUCUGUUUCAACGACGUGAUGUCUGGGAAUGUUUCACAAUGGAUCGAACGCUUACUUCACAUCAUUCAAUCUACAAGCGCUUACUAUAAUUCAUUGAUAUCACAAAAACAAACUGGUCCUUGGCAUUCAGGUCAUGGAAAUGUUUCUAACCCUCGUAUACCACUCACUGUCUUGGAUGGUAUUCAGUCUUCAGUUUUCAAACUUUUGAAUUGUUUAAUACAAUUUUCUGAUUGUUCUAAGGUUGAUUUAAUAGCAGUAGACAAUUGUGUGAUAUCCACUGUGGAUGCUGGGAGUUUACCUAAUACCAAUUGCUCUUUAUCUUCUUUACUUGAACUCAUCUUCACUGUCCUCAAAAUAAAACACUCAUCCACUUUCACUUCUGCUAAUCCUUCAUCUUUGCUCAAAUAUUUUGACUCACAUUCGAAAUUGCAUCAUUUCAAAUUCUGUUGCAGGUCAACUAAUGAGAGAGAAAGUUCACCAAGUCAGAAAAUGUUUCGUAUGUUGUGCUAUAUAUCAUCAACACUGCAUCUUCAAAGUGCGGUUUGUGAGUUAGCAUUGUCUGAUCUUCAACUGGCAAUCGGUUCACAAAAGCAUUCUGAUACGUCUGCUUCUCAUAACCGCAAAGCUGAAAUUCUAGGAUUAUUUAGUUUAUCUUUACUAACUGAAGCUAUGAAAAAUUUGUCUUGUGAACUUAAAAAUGAGUUGCUUUACCGUGUGUUUGAUAUCAUCCAACCAAAUUGUUCUGAGAACUGGCAUUAUUUUUCACCUCGUCUUAGAAUUAUCCUCUUGUCGUUCAUGAACAACUCGUCACUUGUCAAACGGUUUCAGCCAGUCUAUAUUUGUCAUAUGAUUACUAGUUUUCUUUCUGUGAAGUGUAUUUCAAAUAUUGAGUGUUUUCUUCUUUUUAACUUGACUGAUUUGUUUUUGUCUGAAGGUAUUCUAAAUCCUGACGACCAAAUCUCUUUAAUUUUUAAUCUUAUAACUCUGUCAAAGCGCAUGCUACUCACACAAAUAGUUCUCGACUCAAUAAACAAUGUUUUCACCUUAGUUGUAAAUGUGCUUAUGAAACAUACACUUCUUCAUAUGGAAAAGGGAAAUGCAAACCUCGCUUCUCAUCUCUUGCAUUUGUCUCAGAUCUCAUUAUCUUACCCAUGCUCGCAAGUUCAAAAAGCUGGAAAUGACCUCUUACUCUUUAUUGGAUCAUUUUCUUUAUGUAAAGCGGAAUUCCCAGCAACAUGUUUGUAUUCGGAAUUGCUUUGGUUCACCACUCGUCGCCCGGACCAGUCAGCUACAGCAUUAUUACCAGUAUCUAAUAUAAACGAUUCCGAUGGUAGUCAUAACAAUCUACUAACGAUGACCACCGCUUUCCCUAGUUUACCAGCAGUUGCGGGUAUUUUAGGCAUUUUGACAAGGGGAGCUCCAUAUACUCAAAAGGUAGAAAGCAGUCGACUAAAGAUUUUAAAGAGUCCUUUUGAUUGGAUACGACGUUUAUCUUGCUUAGUUUCUCCACUUCCAUCCGAUAAGAAGCAAGAUCUUUCAUUAUUACAAUGCACUAGUUUCAUUCAGCCUGUUCUAUGGCACACUGCAUGGGCAAUGGUUGAUUAUAAAUUGAAAGUAGCCCCUUGGGCUAACCCGCUGAAAACAUUCUUCUCUCUUGAGGGAACUUUAAGAGCGUUUAUUCAGCCAAUUUCUUCCAACGAUUCUUCUAAUAACAAUCAGCCGUCAAUCAUCUCAUUCCAUGUAGCAUCGUCAGAGGCUCUCUCUCAUCAAAAGAAGAAUCGACAUUUAAGCCAGAUUCAUUUACUUCUAAACUUCCUAAAUUACCUUGAACGUGUUAUUUUCAACGCAACUAAUGGUCUUGCAAUUGCAGUGUCCCGUCCAUCGAAAUCUGCUUCUAUAUUUUUCACAGCAAAUGAAAAUACUUGUACCCAGUGGUUUAAUCGUAUUAGAAUUCUUCUCGUUCGCAUCUCAAAUGACUUGCCGUUAAUGUCCUGCAGUGGCAUCGGACCAGCCAAUGAAGUUUUGUCGACAACUGUAUAUCAUGCAUAUAGCUUACUCAAAAUUGUCUCAAAUUGCAACAGCAUUAAUGUUCAAGAUAUUUGGAUUAGCACCUUGAAACAAUAUGGUGACCCUACAGAUUUAUUUAUUUAUUUAUCCAAAGCACUUCAUCAUUUAGGUGCAUGGGAGGAAUUGAAAGCAUUAGCACAGUGGACAGAUGACCUUUUCACAGCAGAACAAAAUCCGUUUUCAUGGCUUCAUGGUAUCUCUUCGCUAACUCGUGGUCGUUGGGAUCAAGGGAUCUUACAAUUAACCAGUUUUCUUGAUUCGAAUUUGCAAAAAAACAAGACUUUGACUUCAGAAAAUCUUACUACUGAUGAGACUGAGAAAUUGUCUGUUCAAACAUCUGUAACGUAUGUUACAAAUGUUCUUCUGCAGAUGUACCUUUCUGAAGGUAACUAUUCACGUGCGCAUAAACUCCGAAACCGUAUAACAUCAUGUGUCAAAAUGAAAUCUUUAAAAGAAAAUUCAAUGUUUCAACUUAAUUCAGCACGCCUCAACUGUUUGAGUAAACUAUCUGAAUGGGUUUCUGAAAAUGGGGUUGAAGAUAACCUCACUUCAAAUUCUGCUGAACUAUGGUCUCAGAGGUGCCUUCAGAAGCAGCUAGACAAUUUGUUGGUGAGUGCCGCUUCCGUAAAACAUCAUAGUUGUGGCGAUACAGAGGACGAAUCGUCGACAAAAUGUUUGUUGGAGCUAACAAAAAUUAUAAGACAGAAAUCAGCAAAUACAACCUUCCUUCUACCUUUAAAUCUGUUUGCCGAUUUUUACUCUCAAUCCAGUUAUGUUCUGGAUGAUGGUUUGCAAGAUUAUCUGAUCAAAGCUGAAUUCCUAAUCAAUGAGCGAUCAUGUACUACAUAUGGAGCCGCAAGUCCCGUACACUUUUCUUCUUGGGUGCACCUUAUUUCGUCUGAUAUGAAAACCCAUUCUGUCGCGGAAUUUUCAGCUUGCCAGUGGGCUUGUUUGAAUAACUGUCCACAUCUUGCUCAGCGUUUGCUAGUAAAAACAGCGAAAUGUCUUACACUUCUUGAUACUUCAGAAGAUGAGGAAGCAACGUACUUCGAUAAACUUUGUAACAUCGCUUUAUCUUCUUCCCAUGAUAUAACAUCCAAAUUAUCUCGAUUGGAUACUUUGAAAUUUUAUAACUGCAUGGCCAGAAUUCUGUGGUUAUCUGGGAAUGGAAAGGAUGAGCGUGAAUUAAUUAGUAAGACAAAAGCUAUUACAAUGUUAACUUCUGGUCUAAAAUCUGGAUUAAUGGGGGAAAAUAUUUGUGAUACAAUUAAGACUGCAUCUCAGUCUAGUUUAGAAGCUGAAAUGGCUCUAAGCCUUUUCGACUGGUUGGAAUCACCUACAAGCACCAACGACAUUUCAAUGGCUGAAAAAAUAUAUCAAAGUUUUAUCAGCACAAGUGAUCCAGGAGGAAAGUCACAGGACUUUUCGCGUAUCGCAUCAGACCUUGAACUGUUCAGUUGCUUGUCAGAUGUGUCCUGGUGUAACGGUGUGCCAGAAAUUACUCAACCUUUUCAAUCUACCAAUUCAUCUCCUGGUUCUUCGACUUCAUGGACUAAUCGUUUACUAAUGAUGGCUACACAUCUAUCUUCAAAUGGUUCAUCUGCAUCUGUUUGGCUGAAAUUGGCCAACUGGUGCUAUUUACGUGGACAUAAAGAGAUUCAUGAAUUUCAGUCGGCAGCGAGAAAUUUCAAUAAGGUAUCAAAUGAGAAAACCUCUCACCAUCCAAGUGUCCCUGUCCUUUUAAAAUUAGUGCAACCACAGGAGUAUGCUUCACUAACUAUUUUGGCUGAAAAAUUGUUUUCUUCACCAUUAGAACAUUCAUCUGAUGACGGUCAAGAAUUUGAUAUGUCCAUAACUUCUCUAAUCAGUGCUCUGACAACUUUUUUGGCAUCUGAUCGUUUUGAUGAAGAUGACUCAGAACUAUUCAGACAUCAUUCUGACUUACCUGUUCAUCUCCACCAGUUCUCUUCUCAGUGUCCUGACGAUCCGAUGGAUUCCCAGAUGCAGCAGAAAUUCUUUUCACAUCUACGGAAUCUUAUUCCUUCUUUGAGUGAACCAAAUUUGUCAAGCGAUUCAAUAAAACUUUUGCAUCAGUUAUUAGUCUCAAUUACUGAACGUCAACAUACUCUACAUAUGUCAGCAGCUCAAGCAUAUGCUACAUUUCUCACUAUAGCAGAUCAAUCCAGAGGAUCAAGAAAUUCUAUCUUCUACAAACCAAUUACUAAAUUAGACAUAACAACAGCAACUUUGAAAUUCCUGGAUUUACUGUGCUCACCAUCUCGCAAGCUCCGUAGUAUGAUUUCAGGCUUCCUAGAUCAGGCGAGUCCAGUAUUAUUGGAGUCUAAUCAGAGUAUGAAUGUACAAUCGGACAGACUACAAUGUGGCAGUGGAUCUAAAUCUAGCCCUACACUAGGUGGUCCGACGAUUUGGGAAGCUUGUUUGCCACAAGUUUUAAUUCGAUUAGGUUUGCCAGAUGAUAUGAUACGCAACUGUUUAGUUGCGCUAUUGAACCGACUUAUCUAUAUUGGUACUGACCAUAAUGUCAAUUUCAAAUGGAAUUCACCAUCCUUCCGCUUAGCAGCUCAACUUGUGUUUCCAUCUGUUGUGGCUGCUUCUGAUCCUGUUAAUCCAGAUAAAAACAUUCCAGGCAUUGGAUGUAAAGAGACUAUUUCUGGCACAACUGACAAUCUUGACCUCACGAGUUCUACAGACGCACCUAUUUUACAGUCAGAUUCGAAGCCUAACCCGUCCUAUUCGUUUUCAAAAAUAGUUAUUGCUCUACGAAAUGCAGGUCUUAGUGAUCUUGUUCAUCAAGUGGAACUUUUCACUUUUGAACUACAACGUAUCACUGUUUUAUGGGAAGAAUUAUGGCUGGGCUCGUUGGUACAACAUUUAGACGAAUUAUCCAAGAAGAUAAAUCUCUUAGAAUCUGAACUAAAACGAACUGAAAAAAUUGAUGUAUAUCAAACUGUUGACAAUUCUAAGGAUUUAUCAAUGCGUGUUUCUAGUAAACACAUAAUCAUUGAAAAAGAAAAUGCCUCCUUAUUAUCGCACGACAUUGAUACAAAUAAUACGUGUUUCACUUCCUUGACAAAUGUUGAAGAUGAUCUGUCGGAAUCCAAAAAUUUUGCAGAAUCAAUUGAUUUAGCAAAAUACUUUUCUGCACUACAACCAACUCUUGAUUUAUUAUCACAACUUUACUCUUUGACUAUACUUGUUACUCCUGAAACUCCACAUGAAGAAUGGUUUCAAAAAACUUUCGGGCAUGUUAUUAACGAACUUCAAGAAUCAUUAUUGCAUCCUGUGGAUUUUCGAGAUGCAAAAGAACCUGUUUCCCUUAUUCGUCAACUUAUUCAUCAGCUACAGACAACUCGCCAAUCCACAACGUUUUCUCAAAUCCCUGUUGUUUCUCGAGUGGGAGCUGCUCCUGAAAUUGAUAUUCGACAGUCUAUAAACAAUUUAUCCUACCUAAAUCUACGGCAACUUAGUCCUCGGCUUUGCUCAUUACAUUUCGAGAACGAUCAUUCAAUUAGUCCCACAGGAUCCUUCGCCUGUGGGAUUCCUUUACCUGGACACCUCGGUAUAGGGGCCUCUUACUUAGGUAGCCGUAUCACUGUCCUGCCAACAAAAACUCGACCAAAGCGUCUGUUACUCAGAGCCCAAAACGGUCGUACAUAUCCUUAUCUUUUAAAAGGUUUGGAAGAUUUGCGUCUUGACGAUCGUAUUAUGCGUUUGUUCGAGCUCACAAGUCUCGCUGCAGUCGAACUGUCAUCGAUUAACUCUAGACAUUUCGAAAAUACUUUUGCCCGAACAUACUCUGUUACUCCACUAGGAGUUCGUUCUGGUCUUCUGCAAAUGGUUCAGGGUGCUGUUCCUCUCUUCAGUCUAUAUAAAAAGUGGCAACUUCGAAAUUAUAAGUCGUCAUCUAGUAAUGGUUGUAUAUCUUCUACAUCUGUAAUUCCAAGACCUGGAGAACUAUUCCACACUCGCCUUAAAGAGUUGCUGCAUGCUGCUGGUCAACAUUAUCAAUCUCAGUCUCGUUCUAAUUGGCCUAUCGAUGUACUGCGAGAAGUCUUAAUAACUUUGGAAGCAGAAACGCCCCCAGAUCUGUUAACUCGUGAGUUAUGGGCUUCAAAUCCCUCAUGUGCCAGUUGGUGGAGAGUUACACGCACAUUUGCUAAGUCAGCUGGUUUACUCAGUAGUUUGGGAUAUCUGGUUGGUCUUGGCGAUCGACACCUUGAUAACCUCCUUAUAGACCUAUCUACCGGGCAUAUUGUACACAUAGAUUAUAAUGUUUGCUUUGAUAAAGGGAAAAGUCUGCGAGUAGCAGAAAAAGUUCCGUUUCGAUUGACAAGGAUAUUAAGGCAUGCACUCGGACCUGCUUGUCAAGAUACAUUAGUACGUGGUACGUUCCGCUUUUCUGCAGAAGCUGGGUUACACGCAGCUCGUCAUAUAGUUGACCCUCUUUUAAUACAGCUCAAAGCUUUUUUAAUUGAUCCUUUAGCGGAUUGGCAACAAAAGAAACAUCCAUCAUCGAACUCACAAAUUGUAACUGAUUUCAUUCAUCUAGCUGCUUUUCAUGGGGGUGGUAGCACAAAUUCUUGUAACUAUCAAACAGUGUCAACUUAUAGACGUUUGCGUCGUGUUGAUUCCGAACUUCGAAUGUAUUCAGGUCUUUUAACAUUAAGACUCGUUGAUUUAAUUCAAAGUACUUGUUUGAAUUCAGUAUUUUCGUCUUUGGACUCCGUUCUCUCGCGUCUAACUGUUUGGACUGAAUUGACUAAAGCUCGUCAGCAUUCCUCGUUUAUAAAUAAUCGUUACUUAACUUUAAAAACCGCAACUCACAGUGAUCUGUCUUCUUCCGAGUAUCAUUGUCAACAAGUAGAAAAAGCAAAGCAGACAAUACAUGAUCUUCAUGAAGAAUUUUCAAAGCAGAAUAAAAUAUGGAUAGAUGAAAUUUUAUCACAUUUUCAAAAUUAUAAGUCUCUUGUCGAUCCCACAUGGUUAUCAUCCAUAAUUUCGUCCAACGAAGAUGUGAAUUCACCACUGUGUGUGGCCUUAUCCAACUACUACACAGUUGCUAGAAUUUAUUUGACCACCCCAGAAUUUAUUGAUUCAUUGUCGAAAUGGGUUAAUCAACUUAAAUGUUUUCAUUCACAAAUAGAUUCAUCAAUGAAAUCUAAUAAUAUUGAUUCACUAAUGAAUUUACUUUCAUCUGAUAUUCCUCUAUAUACUUGCGAUUCCGAUCCUAAAUUAUCUAUUGUACUAGAGCAAUCAGCCAAGAAAAGUUUUCAUCAUUUAUGUGAGUUACGUCGGAUUAAAGAAGAAAAUGUAAAUUCACAUUACGACUACGCAAAUCCUGAAAGUACCAUCCUCCAUGAAAUCAAUAAUUUGAAUUUGUUUGUAUUUGAUCAAGGAGCUGCUGGUGUAACAGCUUAUUGUUGGGCCUUAUUAGAUUAUGUUUUGAGCGUUUCUGGCAACUCUCUUGCUAUUGAGAUGGAGUUUAAAGAGUGGGAUUUAAAUAGUAGUAACUGUCAAACUGAUACAACUCAUUUUAAGAGCCUUCCACUGGAUCAGCUUGGCACAUGCACAGACUGCUUACUAAACUUGUUUAGUGUUCUUCGUCAUCAAUCUACAGGUACCUGGAAUUUUAAUGCUGGCUUCGAGUCAGAUGUUAGAAGAGAAUUGGCAUUCCUCAUUGCUGUCAGGGAUUCUGUUUGUUGUAUUACGCAGUUGCGCGCUAAUUUGUUGAGACUUCUAGUUCCUGAAGCUAUUGAAUCACUUAUAACAGCUAGUAUAUCUAUGGUUGAGAAUUUCUCCAAAUUCGUUGUACAAAACAUGACCAAACCAACUAUCAGCAAUCUUAAACAACUUGUGGAUAAUUUCCUGCUGAAAGAUUUCAUUAUAGAAAACCAAGGAGACGCACAACUCCAUCAUGUUCUUGUCGCUGUUCACCUUGCUCUCACCAAUACAACAGCUCAAUUAGAGGAGAUAUCUGUACGGAUUAGCUCAUGUACAAUAACAGCUUUAGCGUGGUACUAUGUCGAUAUAAUUUCUCAAGUUACUACAGUUUUAAUGUCCAAAAGUUCGAAUUGUUCCGAAGGCGCAGCUUCUUUAUGGAAAUGGGAGCCUAAUUUGUCGAACAGUAUUCCUGAUAAUAUAACAUCAUGUUCAUGGACUGAUGAAGUUUAUAAUGCCGGGAUUAUGGCCUUUGUUACUACACUUGAGAAUGGUUUGACUCACUGGCAAACUAUUCGUCGUGGUUGUACUGAUAAGAUUGAAUUAACCCCUAAGCUAUUCAUUGAUCCUAUAGAUAACUUUAUUGGUCGUUUAUCAUCACGUCUUGGACUAUCAAGUUUAGUUGGACUAGCAUCAAGUCGUCUGUUUUGUGCACUCGUUGAGAACACAGGAUUAUCGAUUCAUAGGCUUUUGAUUGAAGGUGAACUCUCUGCUAAAGCAUCUGGUUUGGUCAGUGUUGUAAGCCUAUCUGCUGAGAAAUUAAUCGAAAGUGUAAAUGUUCAAAUCUCACUGACGCAACCUGUUAGUGUGCAGCAUCUUAGGACACCUGCAUGUAAUCUUAUUCAUCGACUAGUGAACCGCUCAAGUCAAAUAAGUCAAUGUUUGGAAGAGACAUUCGAAAUAGAAGCCGCUGAACGACAUUAUAAACAUCUUGUUUUAAGCGUUUCAGCCUAUAACUGGAUGCAUACAAUUCAGAUUCAAGAAAAGUCACAACUUUAUCAACAAGAUCCAUGUGUUUACUUAACAAAUACCCUCAGUUCAAUCAAAGAUGCCGCCGAAUUAGAAGGUGCUUCCGAUGAAAAUACUUCAGAGAUUUCAGCAAACACUGUUGCCCGGUCAAUCUAUUAUAUUGAAACUUUGAGAUCAAGUGGUCUAUCGUCCUCUUCAUCCUUCUCACGGUGUGUGAAUAUAGCCAGUGAACUAUUAAAGGCAAUAGAACUUAAGGAAAAACUAAUAUCGGAGUUCAAUGAGUUGGACUGGAUAGUUUAUACAGUAAAGGACACAUACGCUUUAAAGUGGCCGGUUCAUGGUUGGUUUCAGUCAUCUUCUAACAGCGAUUCAGGCGAAGUUCUCGAAAGCGACGUACUUGAACUUAUCAAAAGUGAUCUUACUUCUGCAGAAUUAGCAGUCAACAAACUAAGUCAACAGCUUUCAUUUAUCAAGGAAGAGUUCAACGAGAUGUACCUAAAAUCAGAGUCGUUAAACGAUGUUAGCUGUAAUCGGUCAUUAUUACCAGUUGUAAUUUCAAAAAAAGCUAAUCGCAACCCACAGUCCUGUCGCUCAACAGCUCUUUCUACUUUGCAGCAUACUGUUUCAGUAUCAUUGUGUCCUUCUGAAGCAUCUGCUAAUGCUAAGCAACCUACAAUGAUAGCAUCACUGCGUUUCCAGCUUAGUACAUUGCAAAAGGAAAAGUUUUCAGAUAUUCGACAGAUCGUAAAAAUUCUCAGCCGUUAUAAUGCUGUUCGGUUCAACUUACUACAUUCCGAUCACAUUUCGGUCAGUGAAACAUGUUCUGCAUCUAUUUGGAGCACUUGGCUAGACGGACAUCAAAAUUGGACUACUAAUGUCUCAAGUGUUUUAAAAAGAUUAACCAAAUUUAUUAGUUCCUUCUCACCUUCAGUUAAAUCUUAUGCUUCUGGAUCAUGUGUACCUUCUGAAGAGGAAACUGAAUUUGCAACUAGUUUAAGUCAAGAUUGUUUACUUGUUAAAUUUAAGCUUGUAGAAGUACUGAUCAAACCUCUGGUAGAUGGAAUUUAUGAAAAUGUUUCUUCUAAUCCACAUCUAUAUCAUUCUCUAGAAGGUUUUCUGGAGAUGCUCAAUGCACAUUUCAAAAAUGUCAAAGAAACCAUGCUCGUUCAAAUGAAGGAAUCUGGAGUCGAAAUUACCGAACCUAAACCAACACAAAAGGUUGAAAAGGUUAUAUUUUCAGGACGAUCUCUAAAUAUGUCAGCUUUGUCUGUUUGGAACCGUAUUUAUGAUCGUUUGCAUGGAUUUGAUUCGUUUUUACCAACAGCUAACACGAACCAAUCAAUGUCCAUCAAUGCUCAAAUAGAUGCUUGCAUUCAUGAAGCCACUAAUGUUGAUAAUCUUGCUCUCAUGUAUGAAGGAUGGACGGCAUGGGUAUGAAUUUCUCCAAGUGAUUCACUAAUAUGCUGCAAUUUACACUACAAAGUUACUUUUUAAUCGCUCGAUCUGGAGGAUCACGCGGUAAAAGGAUUGAUCAAUUAGUACCUCUAGGUAGCUUGAGGAAACCAUACCCAUAGUAUCCAUCAUUUGCACGCGAGAAAAAACUAAUCAACAUGCCUAUUUCGUUUGAUGAAUAGAUAUUCCAACUGACGGACUAACUAAUGGUUGUUACUAUGGUCUGUAAUUGUCAGCCACUUUAUCAGCACAUCUUACUUAAGGUCAACGUACUUACUGUUUCAGCUAAACUCUCUUGUUUAACGUCUGUUACAACUUACGAAAUCAUAUUCUUGUGACUUCAUUUAUAAAACCAAAAAUGUUUUGGUUUCUGUUGACUGAAUCACAAACUGGAGUUCGUUUUGUAUUCGUCGUGUUGUUGUCAUCACCAGUUAUAACAUACCUACUGUUUUUUGUGUGUAUUUUUUGUUCAUCACUGUCCUUCCUUACUAGUGUCCAUUGUUACAUUUUUGUUGUUGCUUUUUUUUGCUGCAUAGUGAUAAAUAGUAUUUUCUCGAAGUUCUA